GCUCCGCCGUCAGGUAUAGCAACAAGUCAAAUGGAGAUGUCUACGUCUAGAGAUCGCUUUCGGCCUGCCAGCUGUCUGAGUGGCUAAUUGAAACUUACUGGCAUAGACUAGUGGUUUCCCGAAGCAUUCAAUAGCCUUUUGCUUCCCUGCUACAAUGGCGUUGCUACGUCUGGACUCACGGAAGUAUUUACUCAGGUCUCGCCAGUUGAUUCGGACCCUUACAACUUCGAGUAACGGGGUAGCAGAUCAACUUCCUCUUGCUGGCGUUCGCGUCUUGGAAUUGGGUCAAGUUGUCGCAGGACCAUUUUGUGGACAAUUGCUUGGCCAUUUUGGUGCCGAAAUCAUCAAAGUCGAGCCUCCUAAUGUUGGAGACCCUCUACGCGUUUGGAGAGAGCUGGACGUUGAUGGUGUAAGCCCAUGGUGGCGCAGCAUCGCUCGCAACAAGAAAAGUGUCACUAUAGACCUUCGCAAAGAGGAAGGACGAGAGCUCGUCAAGAAGCUUGCAGCUAAAAGUGAUGUAUUGCUCGAGAAUUUCAAACCCGGAGUUUUGGAGAAAUGGAACCUUGGGCCAAAAGAUCUCCACCCAUUGAACCCCUCCCUCAUAUUUACUCGUGUGAGUGGAUACGGUCAAAAUGGUCCUUGGUCCUCCAGACCUGGGUAUGCCUCCGUUUGUGAGGCACAGUCCGGAUUUCGUUAUAUCAAUGGCUUCCCGGACCCAGAGACAGGAAUGCUUUCUGGACCUCCUGUCAGGCCGAACAUAAGUCUCGGUGAUUCUGUCGCAGGUCUACACGCUGCUUUCGGGACUGUGCUUGCUCUACUGUCCAGACAGGCGAAACAGGCGAAAGGUGAACCUGGCGGUCAAACAGUAGAUUUUGGCAGUAUGAUCAAUCUCAUGGAAGGCAUCAUUCCUGAGUAUGAUCGCAAGGGCAAGAUUCGUGGGCCCUCCGGUUCUUCGGUAACUGGCAUUGUGCCCACCAAUGCGUACCCGUGUCUUCCCUCACCCAGCUCCCCCAACAAGCCCUCCUACGUCGUAAUCGGUGCGAAUGCUGAUUCCAUGUAUAAUCGCAUGAUGCAAGCUAUUGGCCGAGAAGACUUGAUUGGGCCGAACUAUGCCCAAAAUCAUCACCGUGUUGCUCGUCAAAAGGAGAUCGAGGAUGCCAUCAGCGCAUGGACAAGCUUACGAACGGCCGAAGAUGUAGAAGAAAUUCUUCGAGGCGUGAGUGUACCAGUUGGACAGGUCUUCAGCGCCAAAGAGAUCGUCGAGAACGAACAUGUUAAUGCACGCGGCGUCAUUGAGGAUGUGUGGGUGGGCGACAAGGAUAACGGAUGGAAUGUAAAGGUCGCCAAAGUUACCCCGGUACUGGAAGGCUGCGAUACCAAAACGCGGUGGGCCGGCCCUGAGUUGGGGCAACAUAACCGGGAAGUUCUGCUAGAAGAGCUAGGAUUGAGCGAAGCUGAAUUAGAGUCUUAUCAACUGAAAGGCGUCGUCGGCAGGGAGUUCCACGACUAAACAUCCAUUCUCUGCUAGUAUUCAUUAGAGUCUGAUCCCGCUUUGCUAUUGAUAUCAUUGUUGUAGAUUAUUCGUAACAUCGUCAGCAUCAAUAUGUGUGCAAAACGAGGGCCACCGGAGUACUACCAUGGCAUUAGAUAUGUCUCUGAAGGAGAGUCGGGUCGACCGAAGACAACCUCAGCCUGGGGGGCCUCAUCCGCAUGAAGGACCAUCACGAUAUUAAAGAGGGUCUCGAUCCUUGCAAGCGGGCCCCUGGCAGGAUCCGGAGAGCAGCAAAUUGCCUGCGGUGAAUUGAUUGAAUCAGAGAAGACUCUCUGGCGUACUCAUUGCAGAGUACGCUGAUCCGCUCCAGCCUGAUAGGCGAGCCCGACAGCCAGGAAGGCUCAUCAACCAGCUUGUUCAGCAGGAAGUGAUUGGUGUGCACGAGGAUGCCAUCGUGGUUCUCCUCGAGAUACACACUUCCGAGAGGGGAUAAUUCAAGCCCUCUCCCACCACGUGCAUCUGCAAUGAGGAUGUGUUGGCUGGAGGCCGAGCCGCCGAGCUUCUCGAUACCUGCAAUCGCAGCAUCGACAGAACUGCUCUCGAGGGCAAGCCGCAAGUGGACGUGGAUAGGAAGUAAUGUUGUGGAGGUGGGUCGAGCCCGGAUGGCGUUCAAGCAAACACCGACGGACGAUGAAUUGAAUCCAAUCUUGCCGACGAUACCUGGCUGCAGGAUACACUAACUGAGUUUUUUUCUCGCUUCCGGAGACGCUGAUGUUACCUCGGUGACCAUCCAGAUGUCCGGCUUCUGUGCCUGCUGAAUAUGAACCAUAGCAAGAUUUUGACCACAAGCCGUCAUCCAAUCCCAAUUUUGGGCCAGGAUUUGCUUGCUGGGUAAGUUCCAAGCCAACGCGGUACAUCCGUCAUUCCACAGCCCCAAGGCGAUUUCGCUACGGGAGUUGAGCGCGACGAUGUCGAGAAGACCAAUGUCGCCCACGCCAUCGGCAAUACCUCGCAUCUCUUCCAACAAGUGAGGUGCCAGUCCGCCAAUCGUAACCUCGAACUCCUUCGCUAUCUCUAGAACGUGCUGCCACGAAAAUUUGCAGUUCCGUUGGAAGAGGUCUCUAUAGAGAUCGAUCUGGUUUAGGAUCUGCGGGCGCAGACUACGACCGUGGCUCAGGCCAAUCUGUAGCGCAUCGCAACGUUCGUGAACG